AUGACCACCAAACUCAAACAAGUCUUUCCCACUAUUUCCCGUUCCCUCACCAAAACCAAACUCUUGUUGGCUCUCGCUGCCACUCUCCUUGUCACCCUCGCCGUCGUGGCCGGAGUCACCUCUCGCAAGAACUCCGGCGACAACGCCUCCUCCUCCACUUCGUCGCACGCCAUCAUCAAAAGCGCCUGCAGGAGCACCUUGUACCCGGAAUUAUGCUUCUCAAACAUAGCCACUGAGCCAGGCCUCGCGGACAAAGUUUCGAGCCACAAGGACGUGAUAGAGCACUCGUUGAACAUAACCGCGAGAAUUGUUGGGCGGAAUUACUUCAUCGUGCAGAAGCUCUCACACGCAAAGGGCCUGACCAAGAGGCAGAAAACGGCCCUCCAUGAUUGCUUGGAAACCAUUGGUGAGACCCUCGACGAGCUUCACAAGGCCAUAGAUGAACUCAAAGACUACCCCUCCAAGAAGUCUUUGUCACAGUACGCCGAGGAUCUGAAAACUCUCAUCAGUGCCGCCAUAACCAACCAAGAUACGUGCCUCGACGGUUUCUCUCACGACCAGGCUGACAAAAUACUGAGGCAUAAGCAUCUGGAGGCAGGCCAAGUGCACGCGGAGCACUUGUGCAGCAACGCAUUGGCCAUGACAAAGAACCUUACUGACACCGACAUGGCCAACAGCAACAUAAACAAACCCAGGAAAACCAUGGAGGCUCACGACGAUAUCAUGUGGCCCGACUGGAUUUCCGCCGCCGACCGCCGCCUUCUGCAGACAGGUACGGUAAAUCCUGACGUGGUGGUGGCGGCGGACGGGAGCGGCAACUUCAGGACGGUGUCGGCUGCGGUGGCUGCGGCUCCUGAGAAGAGUAGCAAGAGAUAUGUGAUUAAGAUCAAAGCGGGUGUGUACAGAGAGAACGUGGAUGUGCCGAAGAAGAAGACUAACAUCAUGUUCCUUGGAGAUGGCAGAACCAACACCAUCAUCACUGCAAGUAGAAAUGUGGUGGAUGGCAGCACCACCUUCAACUCUGCCACAGUAGCUGUGGUGGGUGAAAGAUUCUUGGGAAGAGACAUAACCAUCCAGAACUCAGCUGGUCCCUCAAAGCACCAAGCAGUUGCCCUGAGAGUUGGUGCAGACCUCUCGGCAUUCUACCGCUGCGACUUCAUUGCAUACCAAGACACCCUUUACGUCCACAGCAACCGCCAAUUCUUUGUCAACUGCUACAUAGCCGGCACCGUCGACUUCAUCUUCGGCAACUCCGCUGCUGUCAUCCAGAACUCCGACAUCCACGCCAGGCGUCCCAAUCCGGGCCAAAAGAACAUGGUCACCGCUCAGGGCCGCCUUGACCCCAACCAGAACACCGGCAUUGUCAUUCAGAAAAGCAGGAUUGGUGCCACCAAGGACUUGGAGUCUGUCAAAGGCAGCUUCCCCACUUUUCUCGGCAGGCCAUGGAAGGAGUACUCUCGUACUGUCAUCAUGCAAUCAACCAUCAGUGACAUCAUUGACCCUGCUGGCUGGCAUGAGUGGGAUGGCAACUUUGCCUUGAAUACGUUGUUCUACGGGGAGUAUCAGAACACUGGGCCUGGUGCUGCAACCUCGAGGAGGGUUUCUUGGAAAGGGUUCAAGGUCAUCACCAGCGCUACUGAGGCCAACAGUUUUACUCCUGCCAAUUUCAUUGCAGGCUCAAGCUGGUUGCCCUCUACUGGAUUUCCAUUCUCCCUUGGCCUCUAA